GAAAGUCUGCAAAAAAUGACAGUUCAAUAAUAUUGCAAAAGACACAGCAAUACAAAUAAAUUCAUGUAGCAUAUCAAAUAGCCUGCUUUAACCUGCUUAUAGUGUAGAUUGAAGAUAUCGGCUGUGGUACCAUUAUUUUGGCUGUUAACACUUGUUGUGGUUUAUAUUACAAAUCAUGAAACUGAACAGCUCCAUGCUUAUAUUGCAUUAAAGUAAUUUAGCACUUUUACAAAUAAUCUUACAAUGCAGGAGAAACAUCAGUGCACCUGAUGGCUGAAAACCUUGUGUUUGAUUACUGAACAGUGGAGUGAUAUGAAGACAUUUGCCUAACACGACAUUGGGGGCCUGUAACCACACGGUUGCAGUUAAUGUUUAAUUGAGUUGCAAAUAUCCCCACAAAGUGCAACUGGGCAAUAAAGACACGUCUGGAGAAAAGGAGGUGUGUCUUUAGCUCGCUUACAUCAUCACUUUAAAACUGAAAGAGGAAAAAUAAAAUCAAGAACCCAUUCACAUGUUUCAGUUAUUCCUCAAAGCUCUUUUUUUCUGUGAAAGACUGAAGAGAGAGAACUAAUGGAUUCUGCAUCGCAGAUCACAGGAGAGAAAAGCUUUCAGGAAAGUCCCUGCCUUUUCCAGUACCGCAGGGAUUAUGCUCAUGUGGGUAAAUGCCUCAUCAUCAACAACGAAGACUUUACUGAUAUGCCUCAACGGAACGGUACGGAGGUGGACAGGAAGUUGCUGCGGCGGACGUUCGAAUCCCUCAAGUUCACCGUGCAGGAGGAGAAUAACCUGUCCGUUGGCGACAUGCUGAGGGUCCUACGGGAAGUGUCUGAGGAAGACCACGGAGACAGGGCGUGCUUCGUCUGCGUGCUGCUCAGCCACGGGGCGGACGGGACCAUUUUCGGAACGGACGGGCAGGUUCCUCUCCGGGCCCUGACCUCUCUCCUCACCGCGAAGAGAUGCCCGACCCUGAAGGGGAAGCCCAAAUUAUUCUUCGUCCAGGCUUGCAGGGGACAUGACUACGAUCCUGGAGUUGAAGUGGACUCAGCGGAGGGUGAACAGUCCUCGGAAAUGUCAGAGAUUUUGGAGGGAGAUUUCCUGUGCAGCUUUUCUACAGUUCCAGGUUAUUUUUCGUGGAGGAACACAGGAACUGGCUCGAUUUACAUCAGAUAUCUGUGUGAGAUGCUGAGUCAGAACAGAGGCCUGGAAAUAACAAAGAUCCUGACCAGGGUCAACCACAGGGUGGCGCUAGAUUUUGAGUCAAACACCUUCAACUGGCAAACCAGUGGGAAAAAACAAAUGCCCUGUAUUAUGUCCACACUUACAAAAGAGCUCUUCCUCAAUGUUUAACAGCAAUCUCAAAAGUGUCUGAGAUUUUACACACUUUUGUCACCAAAUGAAUAAAGUACGAUACGUACAAUGUACAACAAACAAUGAUAAAAAAUUAGAAAUUAUAUUGAAAUUAGAAAUUAAUUAAUAGACAAAUUUUAAUUGCUGAUUUUAAACGUAAUUCGUGACCUCUGCUUUGUUCUUUAAUUUAUGUUACACUACUAUCUGAUUCCCUGUUUGAUGUUUGUGACUUGAUGUUCAGUAACUUGUGUUUUAUGUUAGGUCCCUAUUGAAAAGGAGAUUUUUUUAUCUCAAUGGAGUACUCCCAUUUAAGUAAAUAAAUAAAUAAAAUAUAAAAAUAUUUUUUAAAAUGUAA